AAUAUCAUAACCGCAUGCUCUUCUUCUAGCAAGUAUGGGCUCCAUUGAGGGCGUAAUCAUCCUUUCUUCAACGAACGAACCUAUUUUAAACUCUCAUUUCGUUCACCCAUUGGCAAAUUAUCCUUCUUUACAUGCAGAUCGAUUAGUGGAAAAGCUAGAAGCAUCAUCUUCCGAAAAGGAAAAAGUUGGAAAUAGCUCAAAAGAUGUGUUACCGGUAGUCUUUGUGGAUGAUAUACCGUCAUUGCAAGAGGAAGAGGCGGAGAGUCAGGAUGAGGAGGAGGAGAAAGAGCCUGACUCGGAAUGGCAGGCAUCGAAUGGGAAGAAUACCCGACAUGGAGCUGGUCUCGUACAUAUCGAGCACAACAGACUACGUUUUAUCGCGACAUUUUCCAAACAGGUAGAUCCAUUGCUACCUCUAACAUUCCUACACUCUCUAUUGGCCAACUUAGAACUUUACCUCGGUUCACCUCUAACGGAAGAAUCCAUUCGAGAGAAUUUCGAUGUCGUUUAUCAAAUGUUGGAAGAGAUGCUGGACGAAAGCGGGCACCCUCUUAAUACAGAGUACAACACUUUGCGAGAGUUGGUACGUGAGCCAAGCUGGAUUGAUGGUAUCGUGAGCAAAUUAGGCUCGGCUGUUUCAAACAUCUCGAAUACAGCUUUGGGCAACGCUAUGUCUCAACCUCACAUCUCUCCGAUCCCAUGGAGAAGGCCUAUCACCAACGCACAGCGAUCUGGAACACGAAACGAGAUCUACAUAGAUGUGGUAGAAGUUAUCAGCGGGAUUUUCUCGCGUUCUAGUCAUCCAAAAGCAAUUGGACCGCUAGGACUUCACUGUCGUUUGGAAGGCUACAGUAAGCUGUCUGGUACGCCCGAUCUUCGAUUGCGUUUAACAGAUUCUCGGAGAAUACUAGACGCCAGCCUACAUCCAUGUGUGCGGAUACGGCCAUGGAAACAAGAUAAGAUCUUGAGUUUCAUUCCGCCUGAUGGCAAAUUCUGUUUGGCAGAUUUUGAACUGGAAAGCGUCAGCGCAUUGGAGAGACAUGUGCCUAUUCAACUACAAUGUUCGCGAGGAAAGGCGGGAGAUCAUUCAACAUUCACGAUCACCGUUUCUGCUUCAAAAACGAUUGAAGAUGUUGAAAUCCUUUUCCGAAUAGAUGAAGGAAAUUGUACGAUCGAAUCAACAUUAACGGGAGGCAGUCGCCCUGGAGUAGCGAGUGAAGAUCUGAAUGCGCUAAAGGGGUCAUUCCACUUUAAUGCAAAGACUGGCAUGGCAAGAUGGCAAAUUGGCACAUUGAGCAAUGAUCAAAGAGCGUUGCAACUACAAGGAACAAUCAAAAGUGAAACGAUUCCGGGUUUAUCCAAUGCUGUGACGAGCAAGUUUAGCGUUCCGCAAACAUCAUUGUCGGGACUCAAGGUUGCGAAUUUAGAAGUGAUAAAUGACGUAGGCUAUAAGCCUUUUAAAGGCGUUAAAUCUUUAUUGCGUGGUGAAAUCGAAUGGAGAUGGUGA